GCAGCUCCGUGUGCUCAGCUCCUAGAUACGCCCAUAAGGCUGUCCGGGCAGGAUACAGACUUUGGCUGUCUUGGAAUAGGGAAAAAAAAGCUUUGUUGUAGCCGUGAUCUCCAAACGGGGAAGGAAUUUGGGGGGGUUGAUUGUGAAGGAGGGAAGCUGUGAUGCAUUGCUGGCUGAGUGAGAGGCAGGGCCGAGGGUAGCUCCCAGCAGCACCCAGACACAUUGCUUCUCCCCGGCUCUCCAAGUCACUUUCAUCAGGCUGGAUUUCUCAAGCGACCUUCUUGCCAUCGCACUCCUACAGUAUCCAGGCGUCCCCAGCUGCCACUUGCCCCAGGUCUGAAGGGUCAAGAUGAAGAGGAGACUGACGUUCUUAGAUUGUCUCUGGGCCUGGACCAUUAUGCUAAACCUUACAAGUGAAAUAAGCUGCGGACAAAGCACACAGGAUGAGAUUAAAGACAAUACAACUAUAUUCACAAGGAUCCUGGACCGUCUUCUUGAUGGCUACGAUAACCGCCUAAGGCCAGGACUGGGAGAGCGUGUAACAGAAGUGAACACGGAUAUCUUUGUCACCAGCUUUGGACCUGUCUCUGAUCAUGAUAUGGAAUACACAAUCGAUGUAUUUUUCCGUCAAGGAUGGAGGGAUGAAAGAUUGAAAUUCAAGGGACCCAUGACUGUUCUCCGACUUAACAACUUAAUGGCCAGUAAAAUAUGGACACCAGACACCUUUUUUCACAAUGGAAAAAAAUCGGUGGCUCACAACAUGACCAUGCCAAACAAACUGCUACGAAUAACAGAGGAUGGGACUCUUUUGUAUACGAUGCGAUUGACUGUACGAGCGGAAUGUCCCAUGCAUUUAGAGGAUUUCCCAAUGGAUGCACAUGCUUGCCCAUUGAAAUUUGGAAGCUAUGCCUACACAAGAGCAGAAGUGGUGUAUAGUUGGACCAGGGAACCAUCUCUAUCUGUUGUAGUAGCUGAAGAUGGCUCUCGUUUAAAUCAGUAUGACCUUCUCGGUCAAACAGUGGCAUCUGGAAUUGUCCAAUCGAGUACAGGAGAAUAUAUUGUUAUGACGACUCACUUCCACUUGAAGAGGAAGAUCGGUUAUUUUGUCAUUCAGACCUACUUACCAUGCAUCAUGACCGUCAUUUUGUCCCAAGUCUCCUUCUGGCUCAAUAGAGAAUCUGUUCCUGCAAGGACUGUAUUUGGUGUUACAACUGUCCUUACCAUGACCACUCUGAGUAUUAGUGCCCGGAAUUCACUUCCAAAAGUGGCCUAUGCCACUGCCAUGGACUGGUUCAUUGCGGUGUGUUAUGCCUUUGUCUUCUCUGCCCUCAUCGAGUUUGCAACCGUCAAUUACUUUACAAAAAGAGGAUACGCGUGGGACGGGAAAAGCGUUGUUCCAGAAAAGCCAAAAAAGGUGAAGGACCCUCUUAUUAAGAAAAACAACACAUAUGCUUCUGCAACUGCAAACUAUCCUCCCACCAUACCGCGGGAUCCUGGUCUGGCAACCAUCGCCAAAAGUGCAACCAUAGAACCGAAAGAUAUUGAGCCAAAACCAAAGCCAGCAGAACCCAAGAAAACAUUCAACAGUGUUAGCAAAAUUGACCGGCUAUCAAGAAUAGCAUUUCCUCUUCUUUUUGGAACCUUUAACUUAGUUUACUGGGCAACAUACCUAAACCGGGAGCCAGCAAUUAAACCUUCAAAUCCACCUCAAUAAUCUAUCAACUCAUAUGUUUAUGUUCUGUCUUUUGCACUGGGAAUCACUUCCGGUAGCUAAAAAUGGAAUGAUUCCCAUUUGCCAUAUUGCCUCUGUCUUAAGGAUAUUGAAGGUUUGCUUAUGGAUAUGACAAAAAAAGGAGACCUAUGCUUGAUGCCACGGUUCAUAUAUGGUAUAUUUACAGUAUAGAAGGCAUCUUUGAAUUGUAUUUCUGAGCCGGAAUGUGAAAGCUAGGUCUCAAGAUCAGAGCCUAUUAAAAGCAUGUUCCUGAAAUACCUAGCAGUUAGAAAUGCGUCCAGUACUAUAUUAACAGUCUAUAGUUUGCAGGGAUAAGUGUUAAAUCUUAAUACAUUGAAGUGAAAUUGUAGAAUUGUAAAUACAGGUUCUCAUUUAUGAUCUCAGAGAUAACAUCUGUUUUUGCAUAUUAAAUAACGUAAAUGACACAAUUCCUUCAAGAUGGUUCUGAAACCUUAAUAAUGAAAAGCAGAAAAUCAACAAAGUGAUCUGAACCAUUCUCUCUGCAAAUAUACAGUUACCAUUCAUUGCCUGAAAUAUAGAAAUCUAUUCUUGAAUACAUAUUAUUAUCUUUUUCUUUGUCUCUUGGCAUAAAUGCAGUUAGUCACUAAGUUGCUAGUUUUAACACAUGAUACCCUGGGAAGAUAUUCUUGUUUGAGACUGUUGCUUGGUCUGGUUUAUAGGCGAAGAACUGCAGCUGAGGAGGGAUACUUAGCAAAUAUUUCUCAUUGCUUUGGCUCUGUUGGACUUGACAAAACAAAGCAGAUGGGAUGGAGUAUAGAUGCCAGCUUCCACUGUAGCUAAAAUUAGUAUACAUAUCACAAAAGUAGAGUUAAUGCUACAUUCUCUCAUAAAAUGUUUUCAUAUGAUAUACAACAAUGGUGCAUAGGCCAAACAGAAAUGUAAUCAUUCUAUUAUCAUGCUAUAUGGGUGUAUGUAAAAGUAUAGUCUUGGAAUGUCUAUUAAUUUAAAUAUACCCAUUUUACAAUACUGAAAAGCUUGUGUUCCUUCGUGCCCUGGAAGACAACACUGACACCAUUUGCCUGGUCAGUUCCCUGUACGGGGGUUUGUUGUUUGUUGAAAGCACAGAAUAAACAAAACUUGUUCUCACUCAA